UGUGUGUGUGUGUGUGUGUGCUCUGACAGGAGAACCCGUUCAGAGACAGAAUUGUGGAGACGUUCUCCGAGGACGGACAGGGGAACCUGAGCUUCAACGACUUUGUGGACAUGUUCUCUGCUCUGUGCGAAACGUCGCCCAGAGAACUGAAGAACAUUUACGCCUUCAAGAUCUACGACUAUAACAGGGACAACUUCAUCUGUAAGGAGGACCUGGUGAAGACCCUGAACAAGCUGACCAAAGGAGAGCUGACGCCGGAGGAGGUGACGCUGGUGUGUGACAAGGCCAUCGAGGAGGCCGACCUCGACGGAGACAGGAAACUCUCCUUCGCCGAUUUCGAGAACAUGAUCUCGAAGGCUCCAGACUUCCUCAGCAACUUCCACAUACGAAUAUGAUGCUGCGAAGGAGAGAUGCCUCACCCCCCCCUCAGUGCCUGUCCUCUCUAUCACCUGUGGAGAGACGUCCUCCAGAUGUUCUCCAGACGUUCUCCAGACGUUCUCCAGACGUCCUUCAGCAGGACCUGAGGCUGGACUCAGGCCUGGUCUCUGGUGAAUACAGACCAACAGUUUGUGCAUGAAACUUUUCUCUCCGUUAAAUUCUGAGCGAGGACAAGCUGAUCUGAUCCAGGAGAGCGUCUCUGAGGUCGGACGUCUCCUGUGGACACGUGGACACACAACAGGGCUUCUCUGACUCCAGUGCUUUGACAGAGACUUUUUGAAAAGCACACUUUUAAAGGGCAAACAGUGAAGAGCUAUGCAAUCUUUCCUCAUGACGUGCAUGUUGUAAAUCGCUUGUAGCUGCAGCAACUUUCUACGUGUGGUGUCGUGAACGUUGUGAUGCACAAUGACAAUCAUAGUAACCUGUAGAUCAGCUGAUGGAAGGGCUCUGUCGUCUCACCUGUAACAAACCUGAUCAAACAGCUUUCACUCAUCAACACUGACCUUUUCUGGCUCCGCUCAAAUAAAAGAUUUUUCUG